AUGGCCAUGUCUACCGUUGGCGCCGCCCUUGGCAAGAUCGCCCCAUGGCGACCAUUCUUUUUCCUCGCCAUAUUCACGCUACUAAUCUCAGUCGCGAAUGCGCUUAGUUCUGUGCCGGAGCUUUCGGACUAUGCGAUGGACCAAUAUCUCACCCUACAACUCAGCGUACCUUCAGAUUCAGGUGACAUCCCACCGGACAGACAUAAAGUUGUCCCGUUGACUGAAGCUGUUGGGAUGAACCAGUCCGCCACAGCUCGAGAGUUUAUCAAAAUCGAGGGAACUAUGGUUCCGACUGAAGAAGGCGAUUGGCUCGAAUUUAUCGACUCCAUUAGUAGUAUUGCAUAUCUCAACUGCGACAACUCUAAUGCAACUUGGUAUUUGAAUCAGCUUAUGGCCAAGGCACCAAAGGCCAUUCUGCUGUUCAGCUUGACCGGGGCUGGCUGCAGACGUGACAGCACGGAUGAUUGGAACUAUACCACCAUUUUCACCAUGACCGAUCGCAUCGAUGCUAAAGACACACUUGACCUCACAAUGUUAGGCCGUACCGCCUCGAUCACCGGGAAUAACGAGGAACCCGACGAUGAUGAGGACGAAGAGCGAACCGGACCUGGCUCACCGGUCGCCAUGAGCAUUCUCUACAGUAUUACCGGAGUUAUCACUCUACUCUUCCUCGUCAUUAUUGCAACCGGAGCGAUUCGAGCCCAUCGCUAUCCGGAGCGAUACGGACCUCGGACCGGCUACGGCGGACGGCCUAGUCAAAGCAGGGCCAAAGGGCUGGCACGUGCCGUGCUUGAAACCUUGCCUAUCGUCAAGUUUGGAGAGAACCCCCCAGCCAAACCCGAUCCCGAGCUCGAGCUCGAACAGCAACCCUCCAGACCAUCACAGGAUCCAGUGUCAGGGGCAACAUUGUCGGCAAUUCAAGAGGAGGUACGGUCCUCAGACAAAUCUCGAAGACCCGUGACGAUAUCAAGCGUGGACGCUUCGGGACAGGCUUCAUCGGCAACAGCCCACGGAACUCAAAAAGGCAUGGCCAAUACAGCCGGCAGCCUCGAAAAUACGAGCUCAGACGACAUCAAUUUGGGCUGUUCGAUUUGUACUGAGGAUUUCACAGUUGGUGAAGAUGUUCGAGUGCUCCCUUGCAACCACAAGUACCACCCGGCUUGCGUCGACCCUUGGUUAAUAAACAUCUCGGGAACUUGCCCCUUAUGCCGUCUCGAUCUUCGACCUCACAGCUCCAUCGAAAGCACCACCGGUCCUGAUGAGAAUAAUUCAGGGCCUCCACCGACAGCAGGUAGAAGCGCCAUGCCAAACAGCAGCCCUAGAGAGCGAAGAAGGUCUUCUCGAAUCCUCGACUUGCAUAGACUCCGGACUGCCUCUAUCGAAGAACGGAUCGAAAUCCUGAGGAGACAUAGGACUCAGCAGCAGCACCGGCGGUCUAUUGCUGGAGCAUCACUAAUGGGAGAUCCUGGCAACGGCGAAUCCGCAGAUCACAACCCGCGAACGAGACUGACUGAGCGAUUCAGGGGCAGAUUUAGGGGAUCACGACCUCCGAGUCAGUUACAGUCACAAUCUACAGAGGGGAAUGAACCCACGACCACGCAGUAA